UGCAGGCCUGUACUGUUUCCAGAGUUGGACCGGUGCCGUUCAGCCCACUGCAGCCGCGGUAGGCUACUUCCGUUCCGCAGAGGGCGACAAGCACCAGCCAGCUAGCCUCUACUGUGGCGGAGGUCCAGACACAAUAGAGUGGGUUCCGGCUCCUCUCCAAACCAAACCGGUAUGUCGGAUGAAGACUCCCGUGCCAGCACCAGCUCUUCGUCAUCGCCGCCUUCCUCCAGCCAGACCAGACAGAAGGACACUUUCUGCAAGAAGAAACGGGAGAGCAAAGCCAGCAUGAGCAAGAACUCCAAGCUGCUUUCCACCAGCGCUAAACGGAUUCAAAAAGAGCUGGCUGACAUUACACUGGACCCUCCGCCAAACUGCAGUGCUGGUCCAAAAGGAGACAAUAUCUAUGAGUGGAGGUCGACCAUCCUGGGACCGCCGGGCUCUGUGUACGAGGGAGGCGUCUUCUUCCUAGAUAUCGCCUUCACACCCGACUACCCCUUUAAACCCCCCAAGGUAACUUUCCGUACCAGGAUCUAUCACUGCAACAUCAAUAGUCAGGGGGUGAUCUGUCUGGACAUCCUGAAGGACAACUGGAGCCCCGCGCUCACCAUCUCCAAGGUGCUGCUGUCCAUCUGCUCCCUGCUCACUGACUGUAACCCAGCCGAUCCCCUGGUGGGAAGCAUCGCCACCCAAUACACGACUAACAGAGCAGAACAUGACCGAACAGCCAAACAGUGGACAAAGCGAUACGCCACAUAAACCCACAGAGGACGGCAGCAGCAGGAAAAGGAGGAGGAGGGUCGAAGGGUCGCUGGGUUGCUUGUUUUGGGGGGAGGGGGUGUUAUUUCUAUCUCAGAUUUUUAGUACUUUAUUGUCUGGUAUAUUUUUUGCUUCCUGAUUAAGUUAUCUCCAGAAACGUGGUAAUAAAGGAACACAAUGGAAAGGAAGUGAUGAGUCUGCCUCUUUUCUUUUAAAAAAAAAUAAAAUAAAUUGUUAAUUGAAAACUGAAUUCCACAUACAACUCUGUGCAUCUUGAAACUUCCGCUGCAAGCAUUGUAAAAAUAUUUGUGAAGACACAAGAAUGCACCGUGAAGCAUGCCACACACCCAUCGGCAUUUAUAGCCUAAGAAAAGCUGCCAAAAUAAAUGAGAUAUACAGUAAACAAAAGCACUAGUACAAAGCAUAAACUGUAGUAAAGAGAAGCUGUAUACACGACUGCAGUGCCGACCCUCUUUAAAAACUGAAAACGUACAUUAGGGGACUGAUAAGUCAGGCACCCCUGUUUAGCUUUUAUGGAGUCAUUUAGUUGAAAGUAGAUGCAUUUAGUGUUUAUAUAUGCUAAAUAAGUGUUUAGCUUAUCCAUAAAAAUGCACAUUUUUCUUUUUGUUUAUACCUGUCAUGUUUACCUUUACAACUGUAAGAAGAGCACCUGCUAACAUGCAGGAUUAACCAUGUGUUAGAGAAAAGUAGUGUCCUAAGAGAAAACAUGCCUUCCAUACCUGAGGGAACAUGCUUAAUUUUAGUGUUUGUCAGUUGACAACCCAACCUGUCCAACAAGGCUUUGAUGGACAUGUGUGACAUUAUGGACGUUUACAUGACUGUGAGCCAGCAGCCUUCACAAAUUGUUGUCUUUGUAUUGUAACACCUGUUCUGAAACUCUUACAUCUUGCUCUUGAAGCAAACACGAAAACAGAUGGAAACUAAACUGAAGUGAGCAGACAUGCUAGGGGAAACUACCGAAACUGAAUUCAAAACAAAAAGUCAGAAUAGAAGAAAAACUGAUCUGAAAAUGCGAAACUACAUUAACUCAGUGAGUAAUUCAGUUGAAGCCUGUAUGUGCUGUUACAGGCCUGUAUUAAAUCAUAUCAUUAGCUGCUUUAGUACAUUUCUAUGAAGUAGUAUUUUUUUUUUUUUUAAACAGACACAUAAGUUUAAAUGAAACUUAUCAUAAAGGGUUAUAUUCAGCCUAUGAAUCCUGAAUAGACUCAGAAAGUUGUGAUAUUUUUGAAGUGGUUAUUCAAUUUAGCUUAACAAGUGCAUCGGGUAGUUUUAACUCCCAGGACACGAUAAUUGCUCUUUGUGACCUCUCUCACUUAGAGCUGGUGUUGGAUUAAACACAGAAGUCUGCAGACUGAAAUUAGAAUCUACAGUGCAAAAGUCUUGAUUACCACUUAUCCUUUAUAUUUUGCUUCCAAGGUGCCAGAUUUUGUUGUAGUUUUUAAAGCGGUCUGGAGUAGUAAUUCUCCAGGCUGUCUGAAGGUCUUUCAAAGAUGUUGCUUUUAGACAUUGGCUGCUUUUUCACUCGUUUUCAAACCAGUCUUUAAACCUGACUAUUUUCAGUUGAAUGAGUUUUGCAUAUCCAGUCUCUUACCACUGACCUAUGAAUCAUAUGUCAAGCAUAAAAAAAGCACCUAACUCAAAUGAACCAUGUUGUGUCAGACAACAAAGAAUUAGCUUUAGAACCUUUGUUAGCAGCCUAUCUCAAAAACACGAUUUUUCCCCCCAUUUAUUUAGUUGAAUCUAUGAAAAAUCCCAAAGAAGACAGACAUAAAAUGGUAUUAAAGCCAUUAGCUGAAAACUUCAGCAUGAUGUGCAGUGUGUCUUUAAAAAAAGUCACUGGAAACUGAACAAGUGGGGGACAAAAGAAGUGGAAGUCCUAAAAACCUUAAAACAGUCUAGACCAGAUGAACAAUGAUUUAAAGUCCUUCAAAUAACAGGAAGACAUCCAAAGAAUACCUGAUGCAGAACUGAAAGAUGCAUUUAGCCCUUCAGAUGAUUCAUCUAGCCCACAUUUUCGGCUGCAUUUCAGCCUGUGGUGUUGGGAUUUUGUCAAAUGAACACAGAAAAGUACCAUCAGAUUUUGAUCUGCCAUGGAUCUGAUUGGCAACAGCUUAAUUUUUAAUGCCUUAAUUUUUCCAGCAUGACAGUGAUCCCAAACAUCCAGAGAGGUCCUUCAAGAACUAUUCCUGAAGACUACUUAAAGUAUGAGAACACUUCCUCAGAGAGUUCAGGCAGUCUUUAAAAAUAAAGGCAGUCAUAUGAAAUAUUGAUUUUCAAGCUCACUAGAACUGAAUAAACUCUGCUUUUGCUUUAUAUAUUGUAUGUUUGGAUGUUUUUCAACAAAUCACUGAAUCUAUUUCCCAUUUUCCUAGUAAAAUAUAAAGAAAAUGAGUGGCUGAAGACUUCUGCACAGCACUGAAAGGUAAAAGUGGUUUGUUCUGCCAACGUGCAGAAGCUUUGACAGUUAACUAAAGAUGAAACUGCUGCUGGCUUUUACCAAAUAUAGAAGGUCUCUGAUGUGGGUUUUAGGUGAGUGUCAAGUAUGUAGAUCACAGAGGUCAGGUCAAACCCAGGUCACCACCGGGGAUGCCAUGUUCCAGAUUUUUCUGCACUGGGUCAGCAUCACUUUGGAAAAAAAGAACAGUGCUGAUCAUCAUGGUUGCAGUAUGAGCAGGAAAAAAAAAGAUUAAAUACAUGCAUGAGUAACAAGAGGGCAAGCUGUCAAUUGUUUAAAUGUUGUAAAUGCACUAAAUCAAAGCAGGGAACUUAUAAGAAACUGGAAAUCCAAUAUGUGUUCAGCAUUUAUUAUUUAAUUUUAUUAUGAUUUUAUUUAAUUCAUUUGUAGUUUUAGGCUCUUGUUAUGCACUCAGCUGUUAACAAAAUGUGUGUCAGUCUUCUUAAAAUACUGGGGUGAUGGGGUGUGGAGCAUUGGCGACCUGCAGAGUGAGAAUCAUUCCAAGGAUGCCUGAACGCUGGGCAGACAGACAAAUCUGGUCAAUGAGCACUUAGUCACACAGUCGCUGUGCAUGUGUUUGCACGAAAAAUUUUAAAUCAUGACAACUUCAUAUAAACUGGCUUUUUGUCAAGAAACCAGUGAAUCAAAGUUAUAAUUUCCAAAACAGCUGGAUUUGUACAUGCUCAAACAACAAAUUCCAAAUUCAGGCAACACUAAAUCCAUUGAGCUUAGCUAUAAAUGUUACUGUAUAGUAUAAAUGUUAAUCAUUCAUCUCACUCAAUCUCAUUGUAGAUAUCGUGUCAGUGUAGCAUUCAAUGCUACAAGUCAUUUAUGAUAUGGUAAGCAUAUUAAACAUGGUUUUAUUGCAUGCCGUUGAAAUGAAUAAUGAAUAUCAAGGACACAGUCCUCGAAGGGUUUUGUUAAUAGUUGCCAAAUAUGCAAAAACUGAUCAGUUCGAUUACAAUGUUGAGUUUGUGUUAUUAGAAGUUUGUAAAUUACUGAAGCACAUAUAUGAUUGAGUUCAGUUUGAAUGUAAGUAAACAUUGCUCAUUGAUUUGACCACCUGUCUUCACAAUAUUAUAAUAAAUCUUGUUCAGGGGUUGCCACUAUCAUCUGCCCCCCUCUCUCUCAACAACUCUCUCCAAGUCCUCCUUCACUCCAUCAUCUCUUUUUUCACCCACCAUCAGGUCCAUCUUCAACAUCAUUUGUCUAAUUUCCUCUGCAGUUAUUUUUUCUCUGCACAAAUACGCAUGUCAAUUUAAAAAAGUUACAUAUAAUUUCAAAACCAUUUCCAUCUAAAAAGUUAUUUCACACUUUACUAAAAAUUAAAAGGAAAAAUAAUCCUGGUUCAUAGCGAGCAUUUUCCCCAGGUAAUUUGCAAUAGCUACUUCAAGACUACUGCAAAAAAACCCACAGAGACCAGCUGGGUUCACUGACAAGUAGAUUGGUGCAAGAACACAGUGAUUGAAUUACAGGCGUUUACAAAGUGAGCAUGAGUCCAGCGCCAUAAUCAGAGGUAUUUCCAGGGUGUUUUACAUGGGGACGUGGCAAAGGGAGGAUCAAGAAGUGGUCAGCCCUGCUCUGAAUCCCCACUGCUGUUGACGAUGUCACUUUUUGCAUAUAUGCUUCUGUGUGGGCCUCAUCAUAAGAAAUGCUGAGCUAAAUAUAUGGUGGACUUGGAGCUCAUGAAAGGUUUACUCGAUAGAGAAAAGUCUUCAGAACAACUGAGUGUAUACACACCGUCAGAGCUAUGAAAGCAGCACAUAUACACACUGACAGUGUAUCAGCUAAUGCAUUACUAGUGCAUUAGCAUAAUGAACAAAUGAGAUACAAUUACAGCAUAACACACUGCCUCAUGGGGGCAUUAUCCUUGUGCUAAUCGAUAUACUGUGUUUACACUCCACAUUACUACCAUAGCUCCAUAUUUUAGUGGUUUACACAGUUACUUUGCAAAAAAUUUGCUAGUUCAGCUGCACGUUGUGUCAGGAAGAAAAUGUAGAGUUAAAAAAAAAUCAAAACAUGAAGAGCUAUCUGCCUGAGACUCCUUGUGACAAGGAAGCAGCUCAAAUUAGCUUUCUAUUACUAACCACCAUAUUCUUUUAGCAAUCUUUUGCAAACAGGGAUUGGGCUGCCAGGGCCUCCUUCAAUGACAACCAAUCAAUCCAACCUCUACAGGCCUGUUCAGGGUGGUGGGCUGGCUUAGCUCUGUGGGCUUAGGCCUGAACAGCAGACGCUCACCCUUGAACCCCAGGACAGGUUAAUUUUGUCCCUUGCUUUCCUCAUUGACAAGGUUGCAGCACACCUCUCAGGGCAAGCAGAAGGUACAAUCCACUGGACACCAGUCCAAGAUGGAGACAGUCAUACAUUCACUUCACAAGGUUCUGCAGUAGUGAUAAAUUUGAGAACCUGACCGAUGCAGAUAGAGGGCGAAGAGCAAACUCCAACAAGGAAGCUUAAAUAAAGAACCUUCUCACUGUGAGGUGACAACACAAACCGCUGCACCUGUGCUUGCUUAAGCCAUGUUUUACAAAAAUAUACAUUUCUAAAAAGAUCACCUUCUUUCUGAGUGUUAAACAACUGAACUAUGCAAAAAUAUUAACAUUUAGAGACAGUUAAGGAAACUUCUUUCCUUUUACAGUUUUUUUCCUUAUAGAAUCUCCUGUACAUACUUUUAUUGUGACCUUUUUUUGUCUAAUUGUAGUUAAAUUGUAACUAACAUUUGUUUAUUUCUAUCAAUUACACUUUACAACUACAGCUUUAAAGUUUAAACCUCAGCCCAGGUUUAAACAGUUAGCGAAACAGUUAUAAAAGAAAAAAAAAGUAUUCCACAUUUAUAAACCGCAGAUAUCACAGCUGGAAUCAUGCGAGGGACAGAUGUUUACACUUAUAGUUGUAUAGUUGUAAUUAUUAGGGUUUGGACGCAACAGUGGCCACUUUUUUCCAAAGCUUGUUUUGUUGGUUUUCAUGGUGACGCCUGUCCACGGAAUGGUCUAGAAAACACGCUGGCUACAGGAAGCAAUUUCAAAGUCGUGGUGACUGACUAGAAAAACUCGGCAGUUGGCGUCCGUGGACAGAACACGGGGCCGUGCAUGUCUGGUGGGCUGUGAGGGGAAGGAGAGGCGUUAUUCAAUCAAACCUGAAUAACUCAACGGUUCGCCUGCAGCCGCAGCGUGAACUGUAGAGCUUUUUGGGGCUUCUCCACUUCACGUUGUGCUUUGCAACGUGACCGCUGUUAUCCAGUCCUCUGUUACGUCGACGGGGCGCUUGGCUCCGCCCCCACCAGUGUCCUGAAAGUGUGUCACUGGGUUAAAGUGGCUCGAGCAGCCCUGGCGGAGGGGCGUGGCUGACAAAUGGGUCACAUGGGCGAGCCCACUAUUGAGAACAUUUAGUUCUCUCCACGAACCCGCAGUCACAAACACGGCGAAAAAAAGAGGGGGGAGUUCCUCCCUAUUCAGCUGCCUAUACUCGACCUGCUCUUUCUCAGACGCGCCUUCAUGACUCACCGAGUUGGACCUGCAGAAUUUUUCCGAAAUAGAAGCUCUAUGUGAGCUCGUGCACUGUCUUUGACUAUCAGAGUUCAGUACCAGUCGUUGAUCUGUGAAGUGGCAGAAUAAAUCCUGAUAGACUGUGCGAAUUUAGUCAGAUAUCUGUUGGACAUUUUUUUUU